UUUCUUAAGACGGGGCCGGGACGGGUAGCACGAGAACUCUAAACUAGCCUAUAGAUAGGCUACAAAGAUACGGAGACGACGUAAUGUCUUGCGCGGUGGAAUAACAAAUUAAAUGGACUGCAUUCCGUCGAAAGUUGAUUAUUCAAUAUAUAGAGCAAAGUGCAGUGAACCAAUCGCUCUCUAUCAAACACACAAGGCGUCUACAGGACUGUAGAACCGGAGGGAGCCUCGUUUUUUUGCUGGUUUGCAUACAUUUCUGAUCCAUGAGGUUCAAGUGGGGCACUUUAAGUGACCUGAAGUAACGUCAGAAUGUUGUAUUGUUGUGAUUUACUCGGCUGUGUUUGGCACUCAGCGAUCAUUCGGUUAUAUUUGUUGGCAUUUUUUAUAGCACCUGUGUUCUUACACCCACAAUGUUUGGAUUUCAAGCCCCCCUUCAAGCCUCAAGAUGACCUCCAGUUCUGCGCAAUGUACAGGAACUUCGGCUGCUGCGACUCUGCCAAGGACAAGGAAUUGAUGGCUAAAUUCUAUAAGAUCAUGGACAAUUUCGACUAUUAUGGAUAUGCCAGCUGUGCUGGGUAUGUGCAGGACCUUCUCUGCCAGGAAUGCUCUCCAUAUGCAGCUCACCUCUUUGAUGCUGAGGACCCCAGCACCCCUAUCAGAACCCUCCCUGGCCUCUGCCCUGACUACUGUUCACAGUUCUGGCUCAAAUGCCGUUCCACCAUCACCUUGCUCUCCGACGACCCGCAGCUAGCCGAAGCCGAGCCGAACCAGGACCGCUUCUGCCAGCACCUGGAGCUGGAGGACCCAGACUACUGUUACCCACACCUUCUCAGCAACGAACAGCUGACACAGAACUUGGGCCGGGUGCGGGCUGACCCCGAGGGUUGCCUGCAGCUCUGCCUGGAGGAAAUAGCCAAUGGCCUGCGGAACCCUCUGGCCAUGGUUUACGCCAACGACGGAACACACCGCUUCUUUAUAGCAGAGCAGGUGGGUCUGGUGUGGACGUACCUGCCCGAUCGCUCCAAGCUGGAGACGCCGUUCCUGAACAUCACCAAGGCCGUUCUGACGUCGCCCUGGGAGGGGGACGAGAGGGGCUUCCUGGGCAUGACCUUUCACCCCAACUACAAGUACAACAGGAAGCUAUAUGUAUACUACUCCGUGGAGAUUGGCUUCGAUGAGAGGAUCAGGAUCAGCGAGUUCCGCGUCUCCCCCAGCGACAUGAACGUGGUGGACCACGGGUCUGAGAGGAUCAUUCUGGAGGUUGACGAGCCUGCGUCCAAUCACAACGGAGGAAUGGUGAUGUUUGCUGAUGACGGUUACCUGUACAUUUUCACUGGAGACGGGGGCAUGGCUGGUGACCCCUUUGGGAAAUAUGGAAACUCUCAGAACAAGUCAGCCCUGUUAGGCAAAGUUCUCCGGAUCGAUGUUGAUGACAAUGACAGAGGUCCCCUGUACAGGAUCCCUUCUGACAACCCGUUCGUGCAUGAGCGCGGGGCGCGCCCUGAGGUCUAUGCUUACGGGGUGCGCAACAUGUGGAGGUGUUCUGUGGACCGGGGGGACCCCCUGACUAAGGAGGGCAAGGGACGCAUCUUCUGCGGGGACGUGGGACAGAACAAGUUUGAGGAGAUUGACAUCAUAGAGAAGGGAAGGAACUACGGCUGGAGGGCCAAAGAGGGGUUCUCCUGUUAUGACAAGAAGCUGUGCACCAACAGCUCUCUAGAUGAUGUACUCCCCAUCUAUGCCUACCCUCACAAGAUGGGCAAGUCUGUGACUGGUGGCUAUGUGUACAGAGGCUGUGAAUACCCCAAUCUGAACGGCAUGUACAUAUUUGGAGACUUUAUGAGCGGGCGUAUGAUGAGCCUCCGGGAGAAUAAGAACACAGGUCAGUGGGACUACCAUGAGAUCUGUAUGGGCAUGGGUCUGACCUGUGCCUUCCCUGGCUUAAUCAACAACUACUACCAGUACAUCAUCUCAUUUGCGGAGGACGAGGCAGGAGAACUGUACUUCAUGUCAACUGGAGUGCCCAGUGCCACAUCUCCCACCGGUGUGGUUUACAAACUGGUGGAUCCCUCAAGACGGGCACCGCCAAGACAAUGCCACUAUGACCCGCUGCCUGUCAGAGUGAAGAGCAAGCUUAUCAAAUUCAAACCAAAGGAAACAUUAACAGGAGUUGAACUACCGACCAAGCAACCAAAUCUCUCCCCGCAAGAAGAGCCCGUCAGACCCCAUCCCACUGAGUCUGCAGCAAGCGAGUCCGACAAGGACUGGCUUCAGGAGCUCAUGGACAUUCUGAAGGAGCAAGAGGCUGCCGCCGUCACCACCACACUUCCUCCAACCACAACCACAACCAAACCACCCAGGCACACACGACGGAAAAAUCGCAGGAAGAAGGGCAAGCAUCGGUCAGAGAGCGGGUCGGCAUCAGCAGCUGUGCCACAGAAUGGGGUGGUGAGACUGGCGGGGGACGAGCAGGGGCGGGACGACCGGGGGAGGGUGGAGAUCUUCGCCAACGGGGAGUGGGGAACAGUGUGCGACGACCUGUGGAAUACGAAGAACGCGGCAGUGGUUUGUCGACAGCUGGGGUUCCGGUUCGCCCUGAAGGCAUCCAAGCACUCUGAGUUUGGAGAAGGGAAGAGUCUCCGGAUUCUUCUGGAUGAUGUACAGUGUGAGGGGACAGAGGAGAGCCUGCUGGGCUGUCAACACACAGGCGUAGGUAUGCAUAACUGUGCCCAUUACGAGGACGCGGGGGUGAUAUGCGGAAACUCGGACUACGUAGAUGCCUAGAAAUGAGAGUCCAUUGAAUUUAUUCCUGACUGUGGCCUAAGUGAUUGUAACUAAAACCAAGGAAUAUUGCUGUCUAACUUUUGACUAAUUGUUAUCAAUGGUGGCACUUAUUGGUCUACCUCUUUCAUUAAGGUAAUAUAAUGCUGAUUUAAUUGCUGUGUUAGUCUUAAAGGGUUUCUAUUUGAAUGGAAGGUUUUGCUAAUGCAAGACAUUGUCUUCUCUAAAUCAAAUUAAUCUAAACAGUUUUUCAAUGAAUGUAUAAGGAAUACCAGGUUAUUUAAUACUCACUCAUGAUCACAUACUGAAAUAAAUUAUCCAACCAGACUCACAA